GUUUCGAUCGUGGCUGCCUUGCUUGUUGUCCUUUUGAUAUUAAAUAAAGAUCACCUAGUAAUUUCGGAAUCAUGUAAAAGACACGAUAUCCUCAAUUAUCAAUGCCCUUUGGAGAUCACUUUCCAUUGUUCGCAUCUUUAUGUACCUACUCUACAAGCCAUUCCCCUCGAGCUAGAUUUCGCAAUGCAGCUCAACAAGCAGAAGACAAUCUUAGUGGUCUCGGAAAAGGACAAUACGGAUGAGCCAAGCAGAAGAACUGGAGAUAUCUGGACACAACUUGUAGCACAUCUGCGCUCAACAGCCCCGCCGCGAUCCAUCUUACACCCGUUCAAAGUUCUACAAGCGGAUCCCUGGAAGAAUUUUAAGAUCGACAUUCAACUCGAGAAAGCUGUGCACGGAUACUUGACACCAGAUCGACAGCAAAGAGCAUCCCUUCUUGUUUUCGGUGUUCAACUUGUAUCUCAACGACGAAAAACACCCUUCAAGCGCUUGACACUAGAAGCAAAGUUGAUGGAAACACAAGGGUCUCCAUCUUCGCGCCCCGAAGUUCUCGCUCAUGCACCAUUCGUAUUCGAAGAAGCCUUAAAAAGAUGCGAGAUAGAAGUUCAGAACGCGAGACGAGUCAAAGAUCACGCCGCUGCCAGCUUCAAUGUUGGAGGUGCCAAAAUUGGCAUUGGACGAGAGGUGACGAGAUCCAGAACCUCACGUUCGAUCCAUAAAUACUUUGCCAAGGGCUCUUCUGCUACCACGGUCGACGAUGAUGGGAAAUGUUCGGGGAUAUGGUGGAACGUCAAACAAAGCACUAUUCCAGAUGCUCAAGAUGAUGCUGGCAUCGAUCCGAAUUAUUGUUUUGCAAUUCUCCUAACGCGAGAGAGGAACGACAAAGCCGUCUUCAAAGUCAAGAUCAAUCUGGAAGCCCAUGCUGGUUUGAGCUACCUGCUUGAGAAUAAGUUCUCGCAUGUCAUACAUGUGAAGGAUUUGAACGUCGACCCGCGAACGUGGCAUGUAGGGCCUUGCAGAUCCAUCGAUCGGGAGAGACUUGGCCAUUUUCUCAAGCCAGAAAAUCUAGUGGCAUUAACGAAGUCAUCCAGAUGAUAAUUUCUACAUCGCAGCGGAUUCAAGAGAUCCACGGGAUUGGGGCGAUUUGAUUUAAGUUCUUGUAUUUGAAUUGUGGCAUAAAGGAGUGUUGGUUUUCUUGUCCUUUCGUUUCUAUUGCUCGUACUGCUAGUGCCAUCAUUUCGUUUCAAUAUGAUGUUUUUAUUUCUCCUCACUUCACUGAGCUUAAUGCCAAGAUUUGGAGGACUAGAGUCAUCAGCUCCUAAGACAGUGGCGCUUGCAGAGCCCCAGAAGUUAUGUAGUGUCACCUCCUCGAAAGCUUAUCGGCAUUCUCAUUGGACGUAGGAAAGAAACCAACAACUCCCUCAUCCUCUGUCUCUAUAGCUUGCCAGCAUUUCCUUUCUCUGGAUUCAUGCGAUGCAGAUAUUGGUGUGGCAAGUGCUUGAAGAAUGAUGUAUAGUAAGCCGUUU